AUGUCAUCCAGCCCGAAACAGGAUCUUCAAUCGAAGUCCACAGGUCAAUCUUCAAAUUUGUCCGCUAAAGAGGAGCCCACCAGCUAUCAUAGUAGUGAUAAUGCUGGUCGCAGUAUAACUGAAGCCAAUACGUCUCGUAACACCUCCUUGACAUCCUCCUCGUCUUCAUCAAUACUGAAGGCUUCUAAGCUUGCAGAUAUUAACCAUCCGAGCGUUCAGUCGUCUCAACAGUCAAAUUCCAGUGCAACCAGGUCGUCAACUCUUAUUCAGCCUCAGCCACAAAAUCAGCCACAGUUACCAGUACCUACUCACCAGACGUUCCUGCAAGCUAUUAGCAAAGAGCAGACACCAGGUAAUGUGUCGCAGCAGCAGCAGCAGCAGCAGCAACAAAAUCAACAACACUUUGUGACCCAGCAACAGUAUGCACUGCAGCAGCAACUUUUGGCUCAACAACAAUACUAUGCUUAUCAUAGAAGUCAGACUGUGCCACAAAUCCAGUCGCAGAUGCCUCAGCUUACCCCAGUUGCUCAGGUAGCUGCAGUUGUUUCUGUUCCUGCUACUCAAGCUCCACAAGUGCAUCAAAUCCCUCAACCACAUCCGCCACAUACAGUGCAAUCACCACCAAAGCUUGAGAAGAUCUCACCUGGAACUAUACUUGCAGUGGGGAAGCAUCAUGCUAAGAUUGCGAAUUAUCUAAGUGAAGGAGGAUUUGCGCAGAUAUACACAGUUAGCAUCGAUCCUCCCGAGCAUGGAACAGAUGUGGCAUGCCUCAAAAGGGUGAUCGUUCCCGAUAAGGAGGGUUUAAACAGAUUGCGAGCCGAAGUGGAGGUAAUGAAACGCCUUUCCUAUUGUAAGCACGUUGUUAGAUACUACGAUUCUAAUGCUGCUCGGAUUCCUGGCCCUACCAACUGCUAUGAAGUACUUGUGUUGAUGGAACUGUGUCCUAACAAGUCUCUUUUGGACUACAUGAACUCAAGGCUUGCCACAAAACUUACCGAGCGAGAGAUUUUGCAGAUAAUGCUUGACAUAACGCAAGCUGUAUAUGCUAUGCACAGUUUACAUCUUAUUCACAGGGAUAUUAAGAUUGAAAAUGUUCUUAUCAAUGCUGACUACCAUUUCAAAUUAUGUGAUUUUGGUAGCGCUUGUUCCAUUCUGAGCGUUCCUCAGGGCUCCCAUCAGUUCAAAUUGCUUCAAAAUGAGCUCAUGCAUCAGACUACCCCUCAAUAUCGAUCUCCCGAGAUGAUAGAUCUUUACAGUGGUCUCCCAGUGGACGAAAAGUCGGAUAUCUGGGCAUUAGGAGUGUUCUUGUAUAAGCUCUGCUAUUAUACGACACCUUUCGAGACUGCGGGCGAACUGGCUAUAUUACACGCUGCCUAUGCAUUUCCUGUCAAGCCGGAUUUUUCUGUGGAUCUUAAAAGACUCAUAAGCCUAAUGCUUCAAGAGAAUCCAAAGUUUAGACCGAACAUCUACCAAGUUCUUGUGGAGGUUAUCCAGAUGAGUGGUAGCAAGGUGGAGAAUUUCGGCAUAAAAGAUUUGUAUGGGGCAGGUAGUUACCUCUUACCUGAACAGAAAGAUACUGUACCUCCAAUUGAGCCUUUUACGGCGAGUAAAGUGCCUGUGUUUUCUCCAUUUACGGAUAUUCCACGUGAUUUCUCGCAAAUAACAGCCGAGAAUAAAGGGAAUAGAUCGGAAAUAUCGUUACCACCUCCCCAGGAAAGCCACUUGCUUGAGGUAAACUCAGGAAACACUGCGGCAACGACAGGAGAAACUACCGUUGCUACUCCUGCGACAACUGGAGCCGAAUUGACAUUGCCCGGGGCGAUUUCUAAGCAAAGUACUUCGACAUCAACUGCUUCUCUUGUCGAUAAUGCUGAAGAGAGAUUCCCUGAUAUCGGCAAGGAGGCUGCCUCGACUAUUUCGCUUCCUGUUGUCUCUAUUGUGGAACCAGAGAAUGAAGUUACUGCGGCUAAACCAGAAACCGUUCAAACGCUGGACCUAGAACUUCCUAACAUCGUUGUAGACGGGCAAAUUAAUGACGGCUCUUCCGUUUCACUUGCAAGGCUUAAUCUAUCCAGCACAAACCCGAAGAAGCGAUGGUCCGCUCACAAUCCUUUUCCUACGUUGGCUUCUGAGUCGAAAAGUGCCGUAUGGGAAGACCAAGACUUCACCGAUUUUCCCACAGCUAUCGAUUCAGAGACGGUCAAUGCUAACCCAGACAUGACAGCACAAGCCACCUCCGAGGGUAGAACUACUGAUACUAAGCAGACAAGCUACAAUCCCUUUAAUUAG